CACUUCAUUUGACUCUAGGAGAUAGUGACUAACUGUCAGCUGCUGUUUCUAGAUCAACAAUGCAUCCGAAUCACAAAUCUCAGUCCAGACCGGACCAUCUGCCCUCUGAGGGUCCAGUGGGUCAGGGUCACCUCGGGUCAUCCAGAUCUUUGGUUUGUGCACCAGAGCAGUCAGCAUCAACGUAUAUGAGCUGCCACAAGGAAUCUGCAGAGUUGUGUCCAUCCACUGGCCAUCGAGACUGGCACUGUCCAGUCUGCCUGCAGACAGCCAACUUCCCAGUCCAGACGAACUGUGGCCAUUUGUUCUGUGCUCCCUGUCUGAUCACCUACUGGAGACAUGGCUCAUGGUUGGAUGCCAUCAGCUGCCCUCUCUGUAGAGAGAAGGUCAGCGUGCUGUGCCAUCUGUUCAACGAGAGUCGAUCAGACCGGCAGUCAAAGGAAGUUCUCGGGGAAAUCACAGAUUACAACAAACGAUAUUCUGGGGCCCCACGACGGGUAACAGACUACCUAUGUGACGCACCCCUGCUCCUGCAAUUACUGGCCCGUGGACUUGGCACCAUGGGAUGGCUCGUGUCGCUGUUUUUCUUCAGAGUAGCCCUGUGCUGCGUGGGGACAGUGGUGUCCAUCUCCUCCCCUCCUCUGGACCCAGUCUCCUCAUCAUCAGCAAGUCCCCUGGAGACAGACCCCUCCCUCUGCGGACUGCUCGGGGUCCUGGAUGACCUUGUGGUGGUCAUCCUGCUCCUUAUCUGUGUUAUCAACAUCAACCAGCAAAUGGUGCCAGAGGGAGGAGGACACUCUGCAAAUGCUACAACGUCACAAGGAGUAAUGGGGAAUUCACUGUAGAUAGAUGCUGCUGUAGCGUGUGAGUACAAGCUGUUUGACAUGGACUUUUUUUUUUUUUUCCUCCCUUCUCUAAUUAGUGGAUGCAUGACAAUUGAAAACAAAACAAGGUGUAGUAGUCAAGAUGUUUGAGAGAGUCUCAGCCUCUCAGACUGUUGACGCAGACUCCGGGCCUGUUUGUCAAGUGUUUACAGAGCCUGUGCAAGAGUGAGAGCGAUAUCUUACAAUGUUAUGCAAUGUGUUGGUUCAGCUUUGGUUACACAUCCUUAAGUCCCUCAGGCCUGAAGAGUUUAGCAUGUGGCUUUUUCAUCCAUAUUAAAUGGGCAAAAUGUUCAGUGUCCACUGACUUGUCAAUUAAAAAAGCACAUUCAUAAUUUACAUUUUAAUAAUCCAUGUUUUUUUUUUUAAGCAUCUUAUCCCCAAAAACUGACCUAUCAUUUUUACACCUAACUGGGCAACAAUUUUGCCACUUUUUUUGACAUCUAUGUAAAUAUUUUAUAUUGUAUGAAUUUGU